ACAGAAGACACCGUUAAAUCCAUAAAAGAAAUGGGACCAGGAAAUGUUUCUCACUGCAUCCUGCUACUCUUUAGUCACCUGUUUCUUUACACCCUAGCUUUGGAUUGUGAAGUGAUUCCUGGUACCUUGACGCAGAUAGAUGCUGGGGUAGGCUUAGUGGGUGGUGUGAACAACAAAAAUGAAGCCGUCCUUUUAAUUGGAAACCGUUUUGAAAAGAUCGGUUCAUCCACAAAGCACUUUACCAUUGGACCUGCUGGAGAACUAGUGGCAAAUUUAUCAAACCAUGUCUUCAAGUUUUGGGAUGGAGGUUUCAGGCUGAUUGAAGGAAUUCAAUUCAAACAAGUGGAUGCUGGAGGUGACCAGAUUAUUGUAGGAGUUUCUCAGACAGAUGACGUCUUCUGCUUAAACAAGGAUUCUAACAAUGUUGGGCCAUCCAGUGAUGCUCCCUGGACACAACUCACAGGAAAGCUGAGUUACUACAGUUGUGGCCCGUACAGCUGUUGGGGAGUGAACUCUGCAGGCAAUAUCUUCCUGAGAAGGAGUGUAACAGGUGCUUCCUGUGGAGGGUCGGGUGCAUUUGAAUCCAUUACUGGAAGUCUGGCCAUGAUUGAAGUAGCAACAGAUGGCAACAUCUUUGGUGUGACAGCUCAGGGCAAUUUAGUGCAGAGAACUAAUCCGACUCCAUCAAAUCCCCCUGGAUCAAGCUGGUCCAAUGUUGUUGUCUGUCCCAGCAGUACCAGCCACAAAUUUGUGACUUCUGAUCUGGGGAGACUGUAUGUGAUCUGUAGUGAUGGAUCUGUCAGAAGAUGCAUUUAAAUGUCCACAGAGUGUCUUAACUAUCAUUAUAAACUAAAAUGAUUUUUCUUUCCACUUAACUUCUUUAUUGUUCAACCAGUAAAUCGUAAUGACACAUGUUUCUCUUGAUUUGUGUACUGUCAAUAAAAUACAGCUUUCUUACCAACUUGUUUAUCA